AUGGCGGACGCCCUCUGUGGCCCUUCCAACCCACUACAGAAUCUACAAAAACACACGCAGAUCGAUCGAACACUGCAACAAGACCGUCUAGUCGGACCCAGACAGUCUCCCGGGCAGGGUUUUCGAUCCGCCGACCCAAGAGCAGGUUCCCUGGACGCCGAUUUCCAUGCCUUCGAAAACGCAGCACCAAAUUCUUUCCAAUUCCAGCAGCCCGGGUUCGCCGAUACCCUGCCUGCGUUCCACUCUCGAGCCCAUGCGCAUGUCCAACCAGCUACAGCCUCAGCAGGAUGGGCGGCAGAUUUCCAGAGACUGAAUAUCCACGACCACCCUCUUCCCGCAGGACAAUUCCGUACAGAGGCUCCUCUCGUCAGAUCGACCGUUGGCGGAUGGCAAGAUGAAUUUAUGCGACAGCGAUCGAGUGUACGGGCGCCGUCGGCGCAAGGGAAUCAAAUAAUGGCCGAACCACCGGGGCAGAUAAAUACCAACAUGUUUACAAGUCAAGCUCGAUCGCCCAUGUUAAGCUAUGCGCAAUCCGUAUACCAAUCAUUCGACGGAUUUCAGGGGCAGCAACCACACCAACACCGCCCAGUCUCUAUGGACCAGCAAGUUCAAAUCUCCGACGUGGACUUCGAAGCCGCCUUCGCCGACGUAUCUGCCCAUGCCCAAGAAAUGGAUAGACAGCAACCACACAACAAGCCCUCGGAAACCAUCGAAACGACAAUCGAACAGAGAGAAACUACGACGAUCAGGAUCGGUUCCGACGCCAUCCACUACCGUGAGCAAUCCGAACGGACACCCGACCAAGACAUGCACGACGCCGACGAACUAGCCCGGACGGCCGGACAACUACUGUCCAGCGUCCAACAUGACACGAGCACGAAAUUCCAGAACUCGCAAUUUUUAGACUUGAUGCGACGGAUUCGCGAUCGUGAGGUCGAAGUCCAGAAUAACGAUCUCCAAAGUGUGGGCACGGGAAUGGCUGCCGUCACUGGGACAACCACCAGUGAUAUGGACAUGGCGUCUACCUCUACCUCAGACCUCGAGAGACAUGAGGACCAAUUGAACCUGGACCAGCAACGGCAGGGCCGCGAGGCGAACGUGAAAACCAAAGGGAAGCAGCCUGCAACGACAUCCCACUUUGAAUUUCCCGACAUGGAUGCCGUCUACGCACCGUCGAUGGAACCGAAGGCCUCGAAGGCCUCCAGCUUAAUUGUGCCACCGUACACGACGUACGGCUUUGACGACGACCAGUAUCCGGCGAUGCAACCGCAAACCCAAAUCGAAGCCCUCCACCCUGGUGGCAAAUGGUAUCCGGACCAAUCGCCACGGCUGCGACGGGCCGAGAUGGAGAUGUCUGGCGCCAUUGUCGACGAUGGAAGCGUAGGUGAUGACGAUGACGGUGCAACGCUCGAAAAGCGCAUUUCAGCGAGUGACUUCGAGUACGUGGAUGAGAACGCAGGACUUGCCAGACGGUUUGUUCGCCCUGGCGAGAUGACAUAA